AUAAAGGCGAGAUUGAUGCAAGUAGACCCUCGUAGUUAAUAGAAGGAAGACGGUCCUCUCAAUUCUCCUAUAGUAGAAACCCCGUCUCCUAACACAAAGCUGCCUCCUGCUCCUUCUCAAGAAGCAUGACCAGCUCCUCGGCUUCCCCUCGCAAGGCACUGAGCAAAAUCGCAUGCAACCGACUGCAGAAGGAACUGGUUGAAUGGCAGGUCAACCCGCCCGCGGGCUUCAAGCACAGAGUCACCGAUAAUCUUCAGAGGUGGAUCAUUGAUGUCAUUGGUGCGGCCGGCACACUGUAUGCUAACGAGACCUAUCAGCUUCAGGUCGAUUUUCCGGAGCAUUACCCAAUGGAGGCGCCGCAGGUUAUUUUUGUUCCUCCUGCGCCUUUGCAUCCUCACAUUUAUAGCAAUGGUCAUAUCUGCUUAGAUAUUUUGUACGAUUCAUGGUCUCCAGCAAUGACUGUAAGUUCCGUCUGCAUUAGCAUUCUAUCCAUGCUAUCAAGCUCCACGGUUAAGCAACGCCCAGAAGACAAUGACCGCUAUGUGAAGAACUGCAAGAAUGGCAGAUCUCCUAAGGAGACAAGAUGGUGGUUUCAUGAUGACAAAGUGUAAGAAUCCCAUGACCUUUCUCACAUCCCCUUCUUCAUGGCUGUAGCAUGCUCCUCCAUUUAUGCUUGAAAAUUGGACUGUGAAAGUGAUUCUGAUCAAGCGAUUAUGUGCUACUACUGCAUCAUUGCCGGACUCUGUUUUAUUUGUAAAGAAAACAGUAAUUUUAUCGAUUUCAAGCAAGAAAAACAGUAACUGUAUCGAUCUCUCAAGUAUAUUAUAGUAAUCUGUAAAUGAAGUCAUCAAGAAUUCUGGGAGCUUAGCUUGUUUAUCCAGUUCAAUUGCUAGCGUCAUUGAUGCAUUUCAU